AUGAAUCUCCUACUGCGCUCUCUGAUGGGCACAGCAGUAAGUGUAAAUCCAUACGAAGUUAUUUCUUUAGCUAUGCCUGGUCUUGUUAUCCUUUGUCCAACACAUUCGGGGAGAACAGACCCUCUUUCCAGUUAGUUGUGUCCUCAAUGUGAUGAUCAUAUUGGAUCGCUCGGAUUCUGUCAAAGGAGGGUUCAACAAGAGUCGGGACUUUGUCGUAGACGUCUCACAGGAAUUGAAUAUUGGUCCUCACACUCACAGUGUAGGUGCAUUCAUUAGUUACAGGAAAUCGUUUCUGAUUAUAGGUUUCCAUGAUUGUUUAUUCUGGAAACAGUUACAAAAGAGAGAUCUUCAAAUGGAAUUUCGCCAAGAACAACGAAGAGUUCUACAGUAUUGUGAAAGGUCUUAGAGCUAUUGGAGGUACAACUAAUACGAAGAAAGCGUUGGAAGUGGCUUUGGAGUUGAUGGAGACCAGAAACAAGUCCAUCCCGACCUUGGUGAUGGUCGUUACUGAUGGCAGAAGUGCCGUGGAUCCUGUUGAACCAGCUCGCCAGCUGCAGGGCAUCCCUCAAACUUGGGUCUUCGCGGCUGCAACUGGAGAUCCAGCACUGGUUGACAAGUAAGCUAGCAAAUUGCGGAUUGCUUUAUUACAAUGAGGCGAUCGUUUUGGAACAGAAAUAUUUUUUGUCGAAAACAAGAAAACUGGUUCCGCCCGCGAGUUGUCAAUUUAUUAUGAAGUAAUUAAAAGACUUUAAGGAAAGAGUUGCUCGACAUAACUGGCCAUAUUAACCAUGUUGUUAUGCAAAGUGGGCGUGAAUUGGCUACCGAUAUUACACGGAGAUUACUCAGAGCAACUCAGGAGAAGUGCAGAACUACCACAACUACCACCACGACAACAACAACCACCACCACUACUACCACCAACCCAUUCACGGGCUGCGAGCAGGAUCUUGUGCUGGUUAUGGACUUCUCAACUACCACAACCGUGGUUCAUAACUCAUAUCAGCUGUUGGCUGAACGCUUAUUGCGUCAAUUAUACAUCAGUCCCAGACACACACGUGUGGCCUUGAUAAUCUUCAGCAGUGCUGGGAAGAAAACCUACACCAAGUUUAAUCUUAAUUCUUUUAAAACUGCCGAAGAUACGAUCAGAGCUGUAAGAGAAGCCCAAUAUAUUGGAGGUCUGACUGCCAUAGGUAAGAGCGAAGUUAUUGGAAAAUAAAUCCAUUCAGGCGAGGGAAUCAAGGAAGCCGUGAAACAAGCGGAUGUGGAGAGAGGAGCCCGUCCAGGAUUGGCCAACAAGAUCAUGUUGUUAUUCACUGACGGAUGGAACAACAAAGGCGUCGAUCCAGUCGCCGAAGCCGCUAGGGCACGUGCUGCUGGAUUUAGAAUGUUGACCAUCGGAAUUGAGGUAAAAUUGUGUAACAAAAAAAUAUUUUUUUAGGAUCAUACCCCCGAAGGAGUACCUCUUCAUCAAGAGAACCUGAGGGCGAUUACUGGAAAUCCAAACGAAAUCUUCAGCGACGCUACCUUUCAAAAUCUGGUUAACAUUGUUCGACAAAAGAAUCUGGCUUGUUUGUAA